AUGGAUGUCUCCGAAUCUCGACAAGUUAUCGUCAAUAUCAGAGUAGCUCUUGCUAAUGCUGGUUAUCAUGGUAACGUGUCAAUCACGGCUUAUGGUGAUCACAAGAUUAAACCGGAGGAUGAAGAAUACUAUAAGAAUGCCGGAAUCACCUUUAUAUCCAAAGGCUCUAAACGAGCUAGAAUGCAUAGGAUGUUAGCGGACAUGCAUUUGUGGGGAGCGGACAAUCGUGCUCAUCCACUAAGAAACAUGAUGGUACUCGCGAAAGACAUCAUGCCGGAUGACGAUGGUUACCAAACUCUAUUCGAACAUUAUCUUGAAAUUAUGACUAUGAGAUGUUGGAAUGUCGCCUUAGCGGUGCCUGAUGACUACCAACUAGAAAGGAUGCCGGAUGACGUGAACUGGACGGUAUGGCGUUGGGAUGACCUAUGUGUCGGAGGACAUUCUCUAGACGAUAGCCUAUUAUCUCGACAACAACCAUACGCCCACUACUGGUGUGGAGAUAAGAGUGAGGGUGUGGAAAAUAAGUAA